UCGAAACUCACACUUCGCUAGUCACCAAACCCCACGCACCCUCGGCGCACUUUCGCACCGUUGCCUCUGGAAUCUUCGUUGCCCUAUUCUCUUCCACAUCCUUCUUCUCUCUCUCUCUCUUCGGCUCUUCCGCGGCGUAACCCCUACCGCGGUCCACGCAGAGAAGACGAAGAAACACAUCUUCGCACGCACUUGAACUAUACAUAUAUAUAUCUAUAAAUCUUACCAUUUUCCUCUGAAUUUAUUCUCCGGUGAUUAUGGGCAGUACCUUCCUCUCCCCUCCGUCGAAACGCCCUAUACAGUACGUUACUAUGGCUGACUCCACCUCUGUCAAUGGGUCUUCCAAAAAGCGAUCUAAACCACCUCCACCUCCCUUGCCGGUUCCUCCGGGUCACGUCUCCUUCCGCCUCCUCUGCCAUGCCUCCCGCAUCGGUGGUGUUAUUGGGAAGUCCGGCAACGUAAUUAAGCAGCUUCAGCAGCUGACGGGUGCUAAGAUCCGUAUUGAGGAUGCCCCUGCUGAUUCACCUGAUCGUGUUAUUACCAUUAUUGCGCAGAAUGCUAUUGUUUCGAAACUGUCGGUUUCUAGUGAGAAUGAUGGGAGUGAUGGUGCCGUUAGUAAUGUGGAUGUUGGUGAGCAGGAGGAGCUUGAUGUGUCCAAGGCGCAGGAGGCUUUGGUUAAGGUUUUUGAGAGGAUUUUGGAGGUGGCGGCGGAGAGUGAUGGGAUUGGUGUAGUGGGUGGCGUGGUUUCGUGUAGACUGUUGGCUGAGGCUAAACAGGUAGGGUCGGUUAUUGGGAAAGGAGGGAAGGUUGUUGAGAAGAUAAGGAAAGAUUGUGGAGUUAAAAUUAGGGUUUUGAUCGAUAAGCUGCCUGUCUGUGCUUGGCCAACGGAGGAGAUGGUCGAGAUUGAGGGUGAUGUUUUGGCUGUAAAGAAAGCUCUUGUUGCAGUUUCUCGCUGCCUUCAAGAUUGUCAACCAGUUGAUAAAACAAGGAUGAUCAGCCGCAAACCUGCUGAGGCAAUUCCUGCUGAACCUGCACCUGGGGGACGUGUAGAUUUUCUUUCACAGCAUAAUUUGGUGCCACCUACUAUGCCAAGUAGCACUACUAGUUAUGCUUCAGGGUCUCUGUCUUUGUCAUUGAAGUCUGACCGACUGCCCUCCCUGGAUGCAAAUUCACUACAACAGGAAGUGGUUUUUAGAAUUCUUUGUUCCAAUGAUAGGGUUGGGGGGGUUAUUGGAAAGGGAGGCACCAUUAUAAAGGCUCUGCAGAAUGAAACAGGUGCUUCUAUUACCAUUGGAGCUACUGUAGCUGAGUGUGAUGAACGACUGAUUACUGUUGCUGCACUAGAGAAUCCAGAGUCUCGGUAUUCAGCAGCACAAAAGACUGUUGUUCUUGUUUUCUCCAGGUCUGUUGAGGCUGGUAUUGAGAAUGGCCUAGAUUCAAGCUCUGGUGAGGGGUUCCCUGUUAGUGCUAGAUUUGUAGUACCAUCGAACCAUGUUGGUUGUUUGUUGGGAAAAGGAGGCAUUAUAAUAUCUGAAAUGCGGAUGACAACUGGUACUAGCAUAAGAGUUUUAGGAGGAGAUCAGGUUCCUAAGUGUGUGCCAGAGAAUGAUCAAGUGGUGCAGAUUUCAGGAGAGCUUAUUAACGUGAAAGAUGCAAUAUACCAUGUAACUGGCAGACUCCGAGAUAACCUUUUCUCCAGUACAUUGAGUACUCCUGGAACGAGGAGCUCCUCUGUAAUAACUGAGGCUAUUCCCUAUGGAAGGCUGAGGGAGCCGUUGAGAGAUACAGUAAGGGAUGUGUUGAGGGAUCCAUUGAGAGAUCCCUUGGGGGAUUCAUUUAGGGAUCCAUCAAGGGAUACGCUGGGGCUUCCAACAAGGGAUACCUUGAGGGAUCCAUUAAGGGAUACGUUGAGGGAUCCAUUGAGGGGCACACUGAAGGAGCAGCUGAGGGGUCCUGCCCCUGUUAAUUUGCAUUCAUCUAUUGGUCUUUCUCAUAGUCUGAGUCGACACACUAACAUUUCUCAAAGUAUGGAUCAUCUUGGACUUUCCCAUAGUUUAGAUCGCCCUCCUUCACCAAGGCUAUGGGCAUCACAGACAAUAGCUGGAGUAAAUCCAAGGGCCAUUCCAGAUACAAGUAGAGGAUCGGCUUCUUUUAGAGGUGGCUUAGAACUUGGCAGUGGAAGCAAGUCUGCUUUUGUGACAAAUACAACUGUGGAGAUUGUAGUCCCGGAAAAUGUUAUUGGCGCUGUAUAUGGGGAGAAUGGUAGCAAUCUGGCUCGUUUACGACAGAUCUCAGGUGCCAAGGUUAUAUUGCAUGAACCUCGUCUAGGAACAAGUGACAGGAUUGUUGUUAUAUCUGGGACACCUGAUGAAACCCAAGCUGCUCAAAGUCUCCUUCAAGCAUUUAUCCUCACUGGCCAAUGAUGAUAAAAAAAAAUGCUUGGUUAUGAUUCAUUAGUUUCACAAAAAAAGAAAGAAAAUUUCCAUUAGCGGUCUGUUUCGGCUGGUUUUCUUUUGACAAAACUGUGUACACUAAUCCUGUCCUAGUUAGCCCUAGUUAUUCAUUUAUGUUGUCUUAGUGAUGGAACAUCUCUUGUUUCUGGUACUUGAUGCAACUUCUCAUAACCAUUUACUGUGACCUGGCCAUGGCUCUGGCAACUUUCCCUGGUUUGACAAAAGCUGCAAUGCUAAAGAACGUGCUUCUGUUAAUACUUCAUAAUCUUUCUGCCCAUUUCAUUGAGAAAACAUUGAAUUCAAAUAGAUUUACAGUUUUACAUAUGAAAUGUACAGUGAAGCAUUGACCGUCUCAAGGACAAAAUGAACAAAUACCAUAAUUCAACAGACCGUCAAUAAUAUCAACACACUACUUUGUUUCAUCAAUAGUGCAAAUUUCUUCGAGUCUAUACAAGGUAAUAUAAUCAGUUGAUUCAUGUAACAACUACAUUUCCAAUUUGUUUCAGCUAAGAUACGACUACCAGAAAGAGUACAGAAACAGAAGCGAUGGUAAAAAAUAAGGAAUGUACAUUUGUCUAGGUGUACAUACCGUUCACAAGGUAUUGAGAUGGCAUCUUAAGUGGUUGAUUAUGAUAACACUUAAAAGGUUUCACAAGAAAAACAAAGCACAUUGAUGGAACAAAAUUUUAAAGUUUAAUUAUUUUUUAUGUGCAAAUUGAAAUUAGAUAACGAUAUUCAAAUUCAUUGUCAAGUUCAAUUCAAAGAAUAGAACUAAAUAAAUUUAAUUAUAUGUAGUCCUAAAUGUUAUAUUUUUUAUUAUACUUAAGCUCUUGAAUUACAACUAUGGUUGCACAAGUUCUGAAGGUGCAAGAAUGCAAGUGUUCUUCACAUGAAAAUUAAUGGAGAUUAUAGUAAUUAACCAUUCUAAAUCACGCAAUGCAAUCAUACAACCUCAUGGAUGACAGAAUUUGAUCUGGUGGAAGUAAAACAGCAUCACUUAAAAUUCUUAGAAUUCUUUAAAAAUAAAGGGAAAAUUUCUUGGAACCAAAUUCCUUACUGUUCCUGAUUCAGGCUGGACAUGACUUGAGACUGAGAUCUUGGAACUUUAGCUUCUUGCUGCUCUUAGCUCCUACCAGAGCUGCAUAUUGGUUCCACGUUUUAAAUUGCAAGCCAAACUCCUGCGACUGUGAGAUGGAAAACAAAACCCUUUGUCCUAUAUGUGUAACUGCUUGACAUGAAGAAAUCUUCUCAAAAUUGGGGAUUCAAAAUAGGCAAACAAGGCAAGUCACCUCACAAGCGUUCUCCAAACACAUUUGCCUAGCUAACGUUUCAUUUGGUAGUAUCAGAGAAGCACCGACACUUAGAAUUGUUCAGAAUUUCCAAGUACAACAAAUAAAUAGAAUACAAUCGAGUCUCUUGAUAGUGGUCAAACAUUUAUUAUCCAGUGGAACCUCGACAUAUCCAAAGUGCCAGAUUAGAAGACAGAAAUAAAUUGGAUAGCCAUAUAAUUUGUCUGCUUCGAGUUAAUCAUCUUUUAGUGUUGACAAGGCGUAUAGAGCAAUGGAGUAAAGAAGCCGUUUCAAUUCUGUGUCAAAUCUUUAUCCAUCUUUGAAGCAAUCUCUAUUUUGUUAACGAUGGACUAGAAACUAUCUAUCAAGUCACCUGAAUUUCCUGGAUACAUCAUAUAUGCUUAUUACCUACAAUUCUUGAUCAAACAAUUAAAGUUCUGAAACUACAUGAGGAUUUUGAGACCCAAACGAAUGACCAAGCAUUAUUGGUCAGUUGUCAAGGAAAAAGCCUUGAGAUAACUGUCUUCUACAAUGUGAACAUUGCUUUUCCAAUGACUUGUAAUGAAUUGUAGAAAGGUCAUUUUAUGGCUAAACUAACAAACAUAUAAAAUGGGCAAGAAAUUAGUGACACCUUGGAAAGCUCAGCAAGUGAAAUAAAUGUCAACCCACAUUUUAAUAGGGAAUUCUGGAACUCAAUCAUGAAUAAACAAGGCACUUUUUUCCUAAGAAACAUCCUGAAGGUUUGAAUUAUAAAUUAUGAAUUCUACAUAAUCUGUACAUAGUAAUUUUCCUCUUCAUAAAAGUACAAACAAAUGUAGCACUGGCAACGGGAGAAAGGACCACAGUCUUCAAAUGGCUUGUAGAUAGCAUUAUUUUCACUGUUACAGCAUGUUCUGUUUGUCUUGAAAAUGGAUGUCUAGUUUUCAAGAGCUUUAUCCAAAUUUAACUUCAAAUAAUUAAAUAUAUUUAACGAUACCUUUUAUAAAAAUCAUACUUAAAACAGGAAAUUAUUCAGCAUCAAUUUCAAAUUAUACAAGUAUAAAGAUAUCGUGAUAAAAAAAAUUAAUUAUAUUUGUAGAAUUUUAUUCAAUUCCUAAUUCUAUAAUCCACCAAAAUUUACUGUGAUUUGGGACUCCCAAAACUUUUUUUUAUAUGGGGAUCAUAAUGUCCUUUUUAGUGACACCUUCCUCUCAGAAGCUUCUAAUAGCUAUUCCUUAAAUAUUGUGCAACUUCUGCUUUCAUUAGAUUGAACCUGUAUUAUUCUCACCCUUUCUUGUUCCUCUCUGUGCUACUAUUCUAAUGCAUCAGAAAUUUGUCUGGUUGUCGAAUGACUGUUAAACAAGCAUGACAUGCCACUUUAUUUUCUCUUUGAUUUGCAUUGUCUGGUCAAGGUGCAGCAUGCUCAUGCAAAUUCUUCCAAGGUCAGUUAAUUUUUAUUGGUUACGAUAUGAAGUGCAAACUUAAAAGAUCUCAAAGUUCUUAUAUUUAAAACCAACUAAAAUUGGGGCAAGACAGCAGGGAAGGAUAUCCUAAAUAAGGUGCGAAAUCACAAACUAUGAAUUGUUUUCUGAUUUUUAACCACUUCUUAAGGGAUUAUGGUAGAGGAUAUAUGGAGGAUGAUUUUAGUAGGGAGGGUUUAUAUGGAGGACUGUUAUGGGCCUUAUUUGGCUAAAUAUGGCUUAGAUUAUCUGGAAGGAUGACUGAGAAGUGAGAGGAAGAGUGGAGCAGAUGGCAAGGAGGCAAUGGAUAUUUACUAGAAAUGAGUAGGAGGUUCCUUCUCUUUUCAUGUGUGUUGAUUGGUGGUAAUGUUGAUUCUCUUUUUUCUUUUGUUGUGAUGACUGUGAGCUGUUUCUCUCUCCCUGAGACUACCUUCCUAACCUGUUUGUGCCAGCAAGGAAGGAUGCUUUGAUGAGUCCUUGUUUGCAGAUAUCUUUGAGAAGGUUGAUCUUAGAUUGUACCCCUUGUGAAGGAAACCCAACAUGGGGAGGUAGAUAUCUUCUCUACUUGUGGGUCAGGAUAAGAAUAGGAGAUAAAUGUAGGUUUAACAUGCAAGUGCCAAUCUUGGAAUAUUGGUAGAGACUAGGGAGAUUGUGAAGGGGAACUAGAGAGAAGUAAAGGAAGAUGCCUAUACCUUCCAAAGAUACCUACCUAACUAGCUAAGGAUUUUGACAACAACAACUUCUAGAGGGGAAGAGGACCCUUGCAGAAGUGACACCGGAACAGACAUCACUUCUACUACAAUGAGGCAGUUUCAUUUAUAGAAAUGUCCCAAAGCAAGCUCAAUACAACAAAAGAUUUCUGGUUGGAGAACUGUAGGCUCAGUCGAUGCUUUCACUGCGUUUGAAGAUUCAAAUCUCUGUACUCCUGCAGAUGGCUCGUUUAAGAACCAAAGUUUUUGUUACAAUGGACAGUUUCAAUUGAUUCUAUUGAUGUAUAUUUUGUUGAUUCCUCCUGUAAAUAAUCAACUUUUGUACA